CAUACUAUGAUGUUAUGGCUCGUCUUCGUUUUAACUAUACUGAUGAAGCUUUCAAAGUAUUGACUAGCAUGUUAGAACGUGUUGAUAAUGAUUCUAACUGUUUAACAUUUAAUUAUGAAAAAGGACGAAUACGAGAUGAUUUUGGAGAAGAUUUUGUACAAAUUGGAAGUAAUUUUCCAUUUCCUGAAUCAGGUAUUGCUGUUGUCUCGUUUCUACAUGGUUUUGUAGGUGUUAUAGCUAAGACUGAUGGAUUACAUAUUUGUCCUCAACUUCCAUCCUUACUUGAUUUUGUUCAAGCUCAAAUUAAUUAUCUUGAAGUAUUAUUAACAAUUAGAGUGAGCAAACAAAAUUCAUCAGCUAUUUAUCAUCUUACAAUUCCAGAACGACAAUUAUCAAUUGAUCUUUUUCGUGGUAGUUGUUAUUAUCUUAGUUCUUUAAAAUAA